AUGCCGUCCUUCAAGCCCUUCACUGCGGUGAUUGGGAAACAUGCCUGUACUCUCUUCGAGAUACGACUCGACAACGACUUCAUUGUCUUCCGGGGUGCCGAUCAUGAGGCCUCGGGCCAACUUCUCCAGGGCACGGUUGUGCUCUGCCUUUCUGCUCCGCUCAAAGUCGAGGACAUACACCUGAAGUUGACAGGGACGGCGCAUUAUGGCUGGACGGAUGCAAAAGUAACCUCCACAGGCAUUUCUUCUCAGAAGAUCGACAAGACCGUGAUCUUCUUCCAACAUCGCUGGCAACCCUUCGUCGGCGUCGGCUCUGUCGAUUCGAACAGCGAUGGCUCUGCGGUCCAGAGCAAGGGCCUCACGCUACCGCCGGGUAACUACGAAUGGCCCUUCUCGCUCCUCCUGAACGGCGAUACGACCGAGAGUAUCGAAGGCAUGCGCGAAGCCAGUGUUACGUAUAGGCUCAAAGCGACGAUUGCGCGCGGCAAGCUCAUGCACGAUAUUCACGCUUACAAACAGUUGCGCAUUAUCCGAACCCUCGAAGCCUCGACCCUCGAGUUCCUACACGCUAUGAGCGUCGAGAACAUCUGGCCGAACAAGAUCGAGUACUCCAUCGUGGCGCCCCAGAAGGCGGUCGUCUUCGGCAGCUCCAUCCCCAUGGAAAUGCGCUUCACACCUUUGCUCAAGGGUCUUGAGCUCGGCGAAAUCACCAUCCGGCUAAUCGAAGUUCACGAUAUCAUCCUGCACACGACAAACGGUCAUGCGGUUCGUGAACACAAGAAGGAGAGGGAGGUCGAUAGGUGGAUUAUUAAGGUCACACGGGAGAAGUAUUGGAGGGAUAUGAUUGACGAGAACGGCCAGGAAGGCUGGGUCGUCAACACACAUUUGCCCCUACCUAAGAAGCUGAGCAAAUGCCUGCAGGAUGUCAACGCCAGGGGCAUCAAGAUCCGGCACAAACUGAAGGUGGUUGUUGAGCUGCACAACCCCGACGGUCACAUCUCGGAGCUGCGCGCAACACUCCCUGUGACCAUCUUCAUCUCCCCCAAUAUGCCACUCGAUGAGCACGGCAAUCUGGUCCGCCAGCUUCCUCUGGCGCAUGUCUCGAACCAGGCCGAAUCUAUGGCGCCGCCGAGCUACAGCGAGCAUAUGCUUGACCAACUUUACGAGGAUAUCGAGCCAGUGCCGCUGCACACGCCCACUGGCUGUCUCUCUGGUAUCAACAGCCCGCUGCACGGCCAUUCGAGAACGCCCUCGACCGAGAACUUGGCUGCCGUGUUCCACGGCACAGCCAUCUCCCCUGCGCUGCUUACGUCUAGGUUACAGAGCAUGUCGCUGGAGCAACGCCAUCGCAACAGCUCGUGGAACUCGAACUUGUCGGCAGCUGGCGGGAUGUCUCGUCAUAGUACCCCACCGGGAUCUGCGCCGCUCACGAGACACCCCAGCGCAGAGCAUCACACACCGGGUUCUGCCACGCCAGAGCAUCUCGAAUUUCCUGAAAUCGCAGAGUUGUCCAAGGUCCCGAGUUACCAGACAGCGAUUCGGACUCCGGCUCGACUCACGAGCUCGUCGGAUUGCGCGCCGCCAGACUACCAAACCGCUGUCAGCACGCCAGCGUCGCCGCAGCUCCACACUGCCGUCACGUCGCCGAUUACUGAUCCGCUUGACCCCAUUGCCGAAGCCGAGGUCCGACCCGCGCCCACUCAGUCUACCGCGCAGACUCCCGUUGCUUGCGAACAGCAGCAACAGGAGCAGCAGCCGCCUCUGAGCUGGUCUCCGUCAGCGGAGUCCCGCAUGACCCAGACCGUGUCGCACAGACGACAGUUGUCGCUGCCGUUCCGGUUUCCGACUCUGCUGCACCUAUCCGGGGACGGUGACGAGUCGCGGCGAUUGCACCUCCUGCAGGCUCGGGAGCGCCUGGCAUAG